CAAGGCAACCCUGACUCUUUAAGAAACGUCAAAGUUUGUCAGUCAGUUAUUUCAUGCUUUUGGCUUUCGUUUUAUUUGUCCUUGUUAAAUAUGAUUAAAAUCCGAGAUUUGUUAAGGAAAACCUUUGGCCUAGUAAAACAUCACGUCGGAACUGAUAGCUUCGGCAACAAAUACUACAGUGUACCAGAGCAGAAAACGUGGACAGUUCAGUGGAUAUGGUUAUCAAAUCUCUCCGCUUCAGUCAGCACUGAAGCACAAAACAUAAUUUGGCAGACCAUUCGAGCAAAGAGAAUCGUGGAGGCAGUGAAUUCCAAGGAAUAUGAAUAUCAAGGAGAAAGCAUUCCCUCUGAAUGGGAUGCCUGGAUUCGUGGAAGAAGAAAGGAUCCACCCACUCUUGAGGAAAUUCAAAAAAAUGAGCAGUACAGAAAAACAAUCAAAUUACGAGCUAUGGAAGCUGAAGAACGGGAAACCCUGCUUCAAGACCAAGCAUAUGAGGAAGGGUUAAUUGCAAGACCUCGCACUCAAAUCCAAGGUCAUGCUUCUUCACCCAACUUCCAGCAAACUGUGCCAUCUGAACAUCCCAGCAGUACUGCCAACAUUUUUCAGCCUGGGUCCUGGACUCCUCCUGGCCCACAAAAUAAGGAAACGUAGAAAGUAACAGAGAAUACAUUUUGAUUAAAAAAAACAACACACAAGAUUAAAGAAGCCUGGAAUGUAUGGUAUGAUGACAGCCUUACUUAUAGUUUAAACUUGAUACUUUACAAACAUUUGCUGGAUAGUUAAACCACUUAAAGGCACUGCAGUGCUAACAACACCUGUGCACGUUGUUAAAAAAUGCAUACUUUAAAUGUGUGAACAUAAACAAGUACUGUAAAUGUUUUUUUACUUGUUAUUCAUUCAAAUAUGUAUUUGUUUCCAUGAUUGCCUGACUUUUCAUCAAAUUUUUGUGGAGAGGAAAAUGUUGGAGAAAACCUCAACCUGACUAAAGAAAGGUAUGAAAACACGACACAUCUCAAAUGGUACUAAUUAAAAUAUAAAAUUUUAUUUUUGUUGUGUAUAAUUGACAACUAUAGGUAAUAAUACAAGUAUUCAGUUACCUGGAUGAUUGGUAAAAAUGAGCUUCUAACAUCCCUACUGAAAAGCAAAUUUAAAACAUGGAGCUCAUUUUUUCAUCAUUUCUCCUCUUGUAGUGCUAAGCGCUAUUGUUUAUCUCCUCAGUAAAAUGCCUUUCAAGUAGAAUUUGUGAGCAAAUCCAAGAUAAAAAAUAAAAUGACUUGUGAGCACUA